CUGUUAUAUACCAUAGCGCUGCACAUCAUGUCCGCUUACGAUCUUACGGUGUACCGGGGAAUAUUUAUCCAUCUUCCCCGCAUUGCAGAUCACUCAACCACCAAACCUCAAUUAGUCCGGCAUCGCGGCGCGCUUUGGGUAUCGACCAGCAAUGGCCGCAUUAAAGGAUUUGACUGGAGUGCCCAAGAUGACGAGUCGUUUCGAGACUUGAUGGUCCGGAAUAACUGGACAACGGCCGACGUGCGCACAGACUUGAAUGGGGACCAUGAACCAAUGAUCAAGGUCAAAAUUGUGAGAACGAGAGAAGAUCGAAAUGAAUUCUUCUUCCCAGGUUUCAUUGACACCCACAUCCACGCGCCCCAAUACCCCAACGCGGGUCUAUUCGGCUCUACGACCCUACUCGACUGGUUGGAAUCCUAUACAUUCCCCGUAGAAUCCGGCUUCGGCGACCAAGGAAACCCUCGUCAAGAAAAGACAAGCCCUCAAGAUGCCCCUCCAGUCGCCCUUCGCGUUUACAACCAAGUGAUCUGCCGCACCCUUUCCCACGGCACCACCUGCGCCUCCUACUUCGCAACCAUCCACACCCCCGCCACCAAUGCCCUCGCCUCGCUCUGUCACGCCCGCGGCCAGCGCGCCUUCAUCGGCCGCGUCUGCAUGGACAACCCGUUCAUUUGCCCAUCCUACUAUCGCGACCACUCCCCAGAAGACUCCCUCUCCGCUACCGAAGCCACAAUCGCCUACAUCCACACCCUCGACCCGAAAGGCACACUUGUGAAACCCAUCAUCACCCCCCGCUUCGCUCCCACAUGCUCCCCCGCCGCCCUGAAUGCCCUCGGCUCCCUCGCCGCGUCCUACAACCCGCCCCUGCACAUCCAAACCCACAUAUCGGAGAACACCAACGAGAUAGCCCUGGUCAAGGACCUCUUCCCGAACUCAGAGAGCUACGCCUCCGUCUACGAUACACAUAACCUCCUCACCCGGCGCACUAUCCUCGCGCACGCGGUCCAUCUCUCCCCGUCCGAGCGCAGCCUCAUCGCAACCCGCCAGGCAAAGGUCUCGCACUGCCCCGCCUCGAAUGCCGCCCUCGGCUCCGGGAUCUGCCCCGUCCGCACGCUGCUCAACGACGGUAUCACCGUCGGGCUGGGCACAGACGUGAGCGGCGGGUACAGCCCGAGUAUCCUCGAAGCAGCACGGCAGGCCUGCCUUUCGUCGCGGUUGCUGGGACACACGAGUUCCUUCGCGGCGAGUGCCGGGCCCGGUAUCACGGGGGAUGUGACCCAGGAGAAGCCGGUCGGGUAUGAGAAACUGUCUGUCGAUGAGAGUCUGUACCUUGCGACGCGCGGCGGCGCGGCUGUGGUCGAUAUGGCCGAUGAGCUGGGUGGGUUUGAGGAGGGGAUGCUUUGGGAUGCGCAGCUGAUUGAGCUGGGGGCUGUGAGGGAGAGUGUAGAGGGGUUGCUCGAGGGGAGUGAGGGGGGUUGGCAAUGGGUCGGUGGGGAAUGUCGAUCUGUUUGGGACGGAGACUUGGCAGGAGAGGAUUCAGAAGUGGGUGUGGAGUGGCGAUGA